AUGAUCUCCCGCCGAUCACUCGCAACCACAGCGCACACGAUCGCGUCUUACACCGGCGGCCCAUCCUCUCGCACGGGAUACAUAGAUCCUCUCGACAACCCGAUCUAUGACCACAUUGAGACGCAAGAAGAGCGCAUGGAGAAGUACAGACAGCUUCUAUCUAGCCAUCCUGACCCCGAACCGUUCGCUGAAUAUGAGGAUGACAACGCUUCUGUCUUCCCGAAGCCGCAGCGCCAGUCUAUGUAUUCUGCUUUCGGGGACGCAGGAUUCAAUUCUGCGCGUUUCGACGUGAUCGAUGAAGAACUUGCUGAAGAUGAGAUUGAGGACUGGGAGCGGGGUGAGCCUGAAGACGACGAGGUGCCUCAGGGAUGUGCACUGAAUGUGGGUAUGAUAUUGGGCAAGGGAAGACGUCGGAGGGCUAGCGAUGCCAGUGAGUAA